CAGAAGUGCUUUUGGUAAACAGAAAACAAUUGAAUUUAGUUGUUGUUUAGUGUUCGUAUUCAGCUGAUCGCAAUCAUUGUAAAAUGCCAGCUUACCAUUCUGAGAUCGUGGAGUUCCACAGCAAGGUGGGGAACAUGGCCAUCUUGCCUCUACGCACCAAAGUACGAGGGCCAGCGCCCAGUGUGAAUACUGAUAACGACAUUAUCGAUGAGUCACUUUAUUAUUUCAAAGCAAACGUUUUCUUCCGCACAUACGAAGUCAAGUCGGAGGUGGACCGCGUACUUAUCUAUAUAACGCUCUACAUAACGGAAUGCCUGAAAAAACUGGCUCGUUGCACGAGCAAGGAUCAGGGACAACAGGAUCUUUAUGCCUUGGCUAUUUCGAGCUUUGCCUUGCCUGGCGAUGCCGGUUUUCCGUUAAAUUCAGUCUACACCAAGCCAGACAAUCCAGAUCUAAUGCGUGAAUAUUUGCUGCAGUUGCGUCAGGAGACCGGCUAUCGCUUGCUAGAGAAGGUCUUCGACACAUCAGAUGAUAAGCCAAACAAAUGGUGGAUAUGCUUUGCGCGCAGAAAGUUCAUGGAAAAAAGCCUUUCCGGUCCUGCAUAGAAAAAUUUAAAAAUCGACUGUUAAAUCAAUUUGAAGACUGUUAGAAUGUUGUUGCAGCCUGGCUGCAU